AAUCUUGCGUUACGUGGAGUGACUCAGCAUUCCAAGUCAAGUGAGUUGUUUUGUUGACUGUGAGGUCCAUUCCCGUCCAAUUUAAAACCCUGUUCCAAAAUUCCACUUUGGUCCAUUUAUUGUGAGCAUGAAGAUGACUGUCCGCUUCACAAUUCUUUUAGUGGGUUUAAUUCUCCCACUCGUAGCAGUCAGCGCUUUGAAAUGCCAUCACUGCCUAAGCUCGUCAUCGCUGUAUGAUUGUGGAAAGUCAAGCGAAAAGAUUGAAUGUCCUGAAAUAGCAGACAAGUGCGCUAAUAUUUCCACUGAAGUCGAGGCUAGCGUUGGCUCCAUGAAAAGCUACUUCUACGGCUGUGCUACUAAGAAAAUGUGCGAUGAUGCCAGAGAACAACUUAAAGUGUGUCAGAACAUCAGUGGGGGAAGCUAUAAAGUCAAAUGCAACAUCACUUGCUGUAGUGGAGAUUAUUGCAGUCCAAUCGUUACUUCACAAAGUACCAUGCCACUUUCAGGACAGUUGUUCCUUCUUCCUACUAUAAUUUUCGCUCUCUCUUUCGUAUUUUAAAGACUAAUGAAUAGAAAGUGUUUUUUUGUGUAUCGAAUUUCCCUCACCAAUUGCUCUUUUCAUUUUUCAAAUUUCUAAUUCCAUUCGGACGAGAGGAGAAAGGGCUGACUCUCUAACUAGCCUCGUUGUUUAAGUUAUUCUUCAACUUUCUCGACGAAAUGAUAGAAAAGAUUUAUAAAUAUUGUACAACACACUAUUCUAAAAAAUUUGUGUUGUUGCUGUGAAACAUGAGCGUACACAUAUAGCACCAGCUUCCUUUUACCAGGUUGGAGAAAAACACUAGCUUUGAUAAAAUAAAUUCACGUGUCAAUGUUUUAUGA